AUGGUUCUCUUUGAUUUCAAGUCAGACAAACACUUCGUUACCUCCUCUGAUGAAACCACAAUUAGAGUCUGUGAGUUGAGAGAUCUCACUAUUCACCCUUCCUAUAUCCGAAAGGCUCAUUGGAAGGAAGUUGGCACCAUCAUCGUCGAUAGUGACGAUAACGGAGAUGAUGACGACCUGGCGGAGGAGCAGUACUAUGACGGGCUGUUGUUUUUCGAUGGCCAUGGGAAGAUCGAUGGACAGGAAGCCCUCACCAAGCUAGCCCAACACCUCACUCGGUCGGGUCUUAUGGUGAGCCCUGGAGGGUACUGCUUUCAAGACGUGACUGAGCUGGGAGAGCACAAAGAAUUGGGAGUUCACUACCUCCGAUUGAACGAUCUCUUCAGCUGGCCUCGUCAUGGUGUUGAUUUGGCGAGGAUCACCAGUUGGCAGCGUCUGGAGUUGAAGUACACAAUACCAAGGAAACGGAAAAUAUCAAAGCAGCCGACGGUAGGUGGCGGGGUAAGUAAAGAGAAGUACGAGGAGUUGAAAAGGAUAUUGAACAAGAAGGAUGAGGAGUUGGAGAAGGCAAUCAACGAAAUGGAAGACGAGAUACAAAAAUUGAGGGAGAACAAAGAAGAAGAGCUACAAAAGCUAAGAGAAGAGAUGGAAGAGACUAUUGAAAAGAAAGACAUGGAGCUACGAAAGGCGAACAGACGAAAGGACGAGGAGAAGCGGCCGAAACCAAUGACCGAAGGGGUGAGCAAAGAGAAAUACGAGGGGUUGAGAAGGAUAUUGAGGGAGAGGGACGAGGAGCUAGAGAAGAUGAGGGAGGAUUCGGAAGAAGAUCUGCAAAAGCUGAGGGAUGAAAAAGACGAAGAAAUACGAAAGCUAAAAGAGGAGAUGGAGGACGCAAGCGAAAAACACGAGGAGGAGUUUCGAAAGUUGAGAAAGGAAAGGGACGAGAUGCAGAAGCAGUUGAAGAAAAACGAUGGCGUGCAACAGACGCUGAUCAAAAGGGGGAGCGACGACUUGCAAAAGCUGAGGAAGGAGAAGGCCGAGGAAUUGCGAAAGCUGAGAGAGGAAAUGCAAGAGGAGAUAGAAAAGGCGAGAAAGAAGAAAUACGAAGAAGAAGUGGAGGCAUGGGAAAGAGAAAAAGACGAGGGAGCCAACCCGAGCAGAGAGCCGGACGAGGAACUAAAGAAACCGAGGGAUGAAGUAGAAACUCUGAGAUGGACCCGGCUACCUACGACACAAGUCACCACCGACGAGGCCGUCCACAAAAGAAGAAGACGGGCGGUGCCGCCAACUACUUGGUCCAGCGAACAGGAUAGUUACAUGAUCUACCGUUACGAGAACAACAUGAAGGCGGACUUCUGUGGUUUCUUUCAAGGAAUUUUGAACCUUCAAGUGGUGGACGAAGACACCAGAGAUUGGCCGGCUCCCCCUAAAAUUACCGUAUUCUCUUGGGAGAGUGAAGCAUUCGACAGGAACAACUGGUGGUUUGUGAAGAUGGUCCAUCCGACGGAUGGCGGUCGCCUGACUAUGUUGGCAUAUUACGACGGGGAUCGGAACUAUACUACCGGCUUCAGAGGUUACCCUACCCGCCUUGCAUUUGGUAGGGGCACUAUAACGUGGGCAAGCAAGAUUUUUUUCAUGAUUUAUUUGUUUGGUGAAUUCAAGCUUGCUUUCAUGUAUCGGGACUAG